AUGAGAAAUUCUUUCGAAGCUGUUAUUGUCCGCUCUGACUUCAGUUCCGUCACAUCUUCCCCGUUGACUCUCUAUAUUAAUAUACCAUAUCAGUGUGAUAUUUGUGGUAAAUCCUUCUCUCAUAAUGGUGAUUUAAAUAAACAUAAACGUAUUCAUACGGGAGAGAAACCAUAUCAGUGUGAUAUCUGUGGUAUAUCCUUCUCUAAUAAUAGUGAUGUAACUAAACAUAAACGUAUUCAUACAGGUGAGAAACCAUAUCAGUGUGAUAUUUGUCGUAAAUCUUUCUCUCGUACUAGUGAUGUAACUAAACAUAAACGUAUUCAUACAGGGGAGAAACCAUAUCAGUGUGAUAUCUGUGGAGAAUCAUUCUCUCGAAAUCAACACUUAACUGCUCACAAAUACAUUCAUACAGGUGAGAAACCAUAUCAGUGUGAUAUUUGUCGUAAAUCUUUCUCUCGUGCUAGUGAUGUAACUAAACAUAAACGUAUUCAUACAGGGGAGAAACCUUAUCACUGUGAUAUCUGUGGAGAAUCAUUCUCUCAGAAUCAAAACCUAACGAGUCACAAUCGUAUUCAUACAGGAGAGAAACCAUAUCAGUGUGAUAUUUGUGGAGAAUCAUUCACUCAGAAUCAAAACCUAACUAGUCACAAACGUAUUCAUACAGGAGAAAAACCAUAUCAGUGUGAUAUUUGUGGCAAAUCUUUCUCUGAUAACGGUAGCUUAACUAAACAUAAACGUAUUCAUACAGGUGAGAAACCAUAUCAGUGUGAUGUCUGUGGAGAAUCAUUCACUCAGAAUCAAAACCUAACGAGACACAAUCGUAUUCAUACAGGUGAGAAACCAUAUCAGUGUGAUAUUUGUGGUAAAUCAUUCUCUGAAAAUGGUCUCUUAACUAAGCACAGACGUGUUCACACAGGAGAGAAACAUCAUCGCUGUGACAUCUGUGGUAAAUCAUUCACGCGAAAUGAUGAGUUGACUACACACAAACGCACUCAUACAGGUGAGAAGCCAUAUCACUGUGAUACCUGCGGCAAAUCAUUCUCUCAAAAACAUCAUUUAAUUAAACACAAGCGUAUUCAUACAGGAGAGAAACCAUUUAAUUGUGAUGUCUGUGGUAAAUCAUUUUCCCAAAAAGGUACCUUAAUUACUCACAAACGUAUCCAUACAGGAGAAAGGCCAUAUCACUGUGAUGUCUGUGGAAGAUCGUUCUCCCAAAAUGACCAGUUAACCAAACACAAACGUAUUCAUACAGGAGAGAAACCGUAUCAAUGUGAUAUCUGUGGCAAAUCAUUCACUCAGUGUGGCGAAUUAAUGAAGCACAAACGUAUUCAUACAGGAGAGAAACCAUACCACUGUGAUAUUUGUAGUAAAUCAUUCUCUCGAAACGACCAACUGACCGGCCACAAGCGUAUCCAUACGGGCGAGAAGCCACAUCACUGCGACAUCUGUGGUAAAUCUUUCUCUCGAAAUGAUGAAUUGACUUCUCACAAGCGCGUUCAUACUGGAGAGAAACCAUAUCACUGUGAUAUCUGCGGUAGGUCAUUCUCUGCUAGUAACACGUUAACUACUCAUAAACGAAUACAUACAGGGGAGAAACCAUAUCAGUGUGAUAUCUGUGGAGAGUCGUUCUCUCAUGGAAGUACUUUGACAAGACAUAAACGUGUUCAUACAGGAGAGAAACCGUAUCAAUGUGAUAUCUGUAGUAAAGCUUCUCUCAGAAUCCUCAUUUAACUAAACACAAACGUAUCCAUAGGGAACAGUGAUCAUAUCUCCAGGACGCCAUGAUAGAUCGUUAGCUCCUACACACAUUUUUUCCUCUCCUUGUUUCUUUUCUGUGUAUCUUUCUGUCGAAGAGCAUAGGCUCGAAACGUAAAAGACUUUUUGUAUUUCUAUUCCU